CGCCUCCUGGGAGGGUGAGAAGGGCCGGCCGCCGGACAGGGCUGUGGUCUUCCCAGAGCUGCAGACCCUCCCCUGAACCUGGCACUGGGACGUCUCACCCUCUCGCGGCACCUGUUGCAGGUGACAGCUCUGGGCCGUCGCGCGGGGUCUCUAACCUGCACUGUCUCCGGACCUCGGACCCUGGUGCGUUGGCUUCCCUGGCCUUGGCCAGUCUCCCACAGGCAACUCUGGUAGCUCUCCUUAUCUGGUUGCUUUGAAGAAAGAAGAGUAGAAGAAGUAGAAUAAGUCAUGUCAGAGAUACUGGACCUCUCUUUUCUGUCUGAAGUAGAAAGGGAUUUGAUCCUUAAUGUUCUACAGCGAGAUGAGGAGCUCCGGAAAGCAGAUGAGAAAAGGAUCAGGCGACUGAAGAAUGAGUUACUGGAGAUAAAAAGGAAAGGGGCCAAAAGAGGCAGCCAACACUAUAGUGAUCGGACCUGUGCCCGGUGCCAGGAGAGCCUGGGCCGUUUGACUCCCAAGGCAAACACUUGUCGGGGUUGCAAUCACCUGGUGUGUCGAGACUGCCGCGUUCAGGAGAGCAACGGUAUCUGGAGGUGCAAGGUGUGCGCCAAGGAAAUAGAGCUGAAGAAAGCAACUGGGGACUGGUUUUAUGACCAGAAAGUCAAUCGCUUUGCUUACCGCACAGGCAGUGAGAUAAUCAGGAUGUCCCUGCGCCGCAAACCUGCAGUGAAUAAAAGAGAGACAGUAGGACAGUCCCUCCUUUAUCAGACACAGAUGGGUGAUGUCUGGCCAGGAAGAAAGAUCAUUCAGGAGCAGCAGAAGGAGCCCAGUGUGCCAUUCGAAGUGCCAAAGCUGAAAAGUGGAAAGAGUGCACUAGAGGCUGAGAGUGAGAGUCUGGAGAGUUUCACAGCUGACUCCGAUAACACCUCCAGGAGAGACUCUCUGGAUAAAUCUGGCCUCUUUCCAGAAUGGAAGAAGAUGUCUGCCCCCAAAUCUCAAGUAGAAAAGGAAACUCAGCCUGGGGGUCAAAAUGUGGUAUCUGUCGAUGAGGGUGAAAUGAUAUUCAAGAAGAACACCAGAAAAAUCCUCAGGCCUUCAGAAUACACUAAAUCUGUGAUAGAUCUUCGCCCAGAGGAUGUGGGGCAUGAAAGUGGCUCCUUGGGAGACAGAAGCAAAUCUGUCCCAGGCCUCAGUGUGGAUAUGGAAGAGGAAGAGGAGGAGGAAGAGGAAGAAGACAUUGACCACCUGGUGAAGUUGCAUCGCCAGAAGCUAGCUAGAAGCAGCAUGCAAAGUGGCUCCUCCAUGAGUACGAUCGGCAGCAUGAUGAGCAUCUAUAGUGAAGCUGGUGAUUUUGGGAACAUCUUCGUGACUGGCAAGAUUGCCUUUUCCCUGAAGUAUGAGCAGCAAACACAGACUCUGGUCAUCCACGUGAAGGAGUGCCACCAGCUGGCCUAUGCUGAUGAAGCCAAGAAGCGCUCUAACCCAUAUGUGAAGACCUAUCUUCUGCCUGACAAAUCCCGCCAAGGGAAAAGAAAAACCACCAUCAAGCGAGACACCAUUAAUCCACUAUAUGAUGAGGUCCUCAGGUAUGAGAUCCCAGAGUCUCUCCUGGCCCAGAGGACCUUGCAGUUCUCAGUUUGGCAUCAUGGUCGUUUGGGCAGAAACACUUUCCUUGGAGAGGCAGAGGUCCAGAUGGAUUCCUGGAAGCUCGAUAAGAAACUGGAUCAUUGCCUCCCUUUACAUGGAAAGGUCAGUGCUGAGUCCCCGACUGGCUUGCCAUCACACAAAGGCGAGUUGGUGGUUUCAUUGAAAUACAUCCCAGCCUCCAAACUCCCUGUUGGAGGUGACCGGAAAAAGAGUAAAGGUGGGGAAGGGGGAGAGCUCCAGGUGUGGAUCAAAGAAGCCAAGAACCUGACGGCUGCCAAAUCAGGAGGGACUUCAGACAGCUUUGUCAAGGGAUACCUCCUUCCCAUGAGGAACAAGGCCAGUAAGCGUAAAACUCCUGUGAUGAAGAAGACCCUGAAUCCCCACUACAACCAUACAUUUGUCUACAAUGGUGUGAGGCUGGAAGAUCUACAGCACAUGUGCCUGGAACUGACUGUGUGGGACCGGGAGCCCCUGGCCAGCAAUGACUUCCUGGGAGGGGUCAGGCUGGGUGUUGGCACUGGGAUCAGUAAUGGGGAAGUGGUGGACUGGAUGGACUCGACUGGGGAAGAAGUGAGCCUAUGGCAGAAGAUGCGACAGUACCCAGGGUCUUGGGCGGAAGGGACACUGCAGCUCCGUUCCUCGAUGGCCAAGCAGAAGCUGGGUUUAUGAGUCCCUGUCCUCCUCUGCAUGUCCAGCCCUGGCCAGGGCAAGUCAGACGAAGUGAAGAAACCAAGAGCAAAGAUUUAUAAUUUAAAGUGUGUGUGUCGUGUUUGUGUGUGUACAAACGUGUAUUUCUGCAAAUCUCAUUGUGCUAGCUAGAGUGUUGCAGACUUGUUCCCCCCUUUUUAAAGCAGGCUCAAGAAUAAGGGUCUCUUCAAAAUGUUUUUAUUUGUGCAUAAUCUAGUAUAUUUUCAGAGUACAUUCUUUAUUAUCCCUUUAAGAGGUUUGAUGAACUUAAGUCUUUUGAAACAACUUUUUCUCUUCUGUUUUGCUCUCCUUGUUCCUACUUCCCCAGGAAGCCCUGGCUACCUUUGGCAUUAGUACCAGCCUGUGAUUCAAGGUGUGCCCGAUCUAAGCCAAGGCUCUGGGAAGCAGGGUUGGGUCACCAAAGACAGAGGGAUAUGGGAGAGAGGUGAGUGGUUCCUGUCCUUCCUUUCCAAUGUAUGCUUUUAACUCAUUUUCUACCUUGAUAAAUUUCUGGAACUUGGCUUUUAACUUUUCUUGUUUUUAAGUAGUUUCCACCUUGUUUGGGUCUAAUGCUUUUCUUGGAAAUACUAAGAAAAAUUCCCCAGCUUUUUCGAGUUCUAGAUACCUUUACUAGACUUUUGAGGGACUCUUAUAAUGGAGCCACUUUUGAAAAGCACUUUAAUUAGAUAAUGGCCUUCUGACUAAGUCAUGAAUAUGCCCAGCGAGAGCUUUUAGCUGCUCCCAGAGGACCUGAGUGACUGAGGGUAAAUGGUCUCAUAGCCCAUGGUGAAUUCUCUGUAUUUUAAUCUGAUACAGCAGAUCUUGGAGAGAGAGUGCCUUAUUUCUCUAAUGAAAGAUGAGACAGCUCACUCUCAUAUAGCACAUCUUUCUUAGUGUUUGUGUCUCGGGUGUGUUACCACACAGAAUAUGGUCUAUAUACCACUGUGUCAGCCGGAAGAGCCAAGUCUUGUCUAAAUUGGCCCAGUGUUUCUCCAGGCUGGGGAUUGUUAGGGCUCCAAGGGAAUGUAGACAGAGAAUCUCCCAGUUAUCCCGACUUCCCACCUGAUAUGGUUGCAAUUCCUAUUUUUGGUAUUUGUUUCCUAAACAUGACCUCCAUGUAUGGGUGUGGCAUUUUGAGGCUUUUCAAAGAUGGGCCUUGUCAGCUGAGUUUCAUUUUCUGGUACUCACUGAUCCAAAUCAACCUUUUUGUUCUUAUAAGUGUAUCUACACAGUGUUGUGUUGGGAGGAGUCUAUAUCAGAGAAGAAAUCCAUUUCCAUCGAGUCAGCUGCUAGCUGAUUUCCUGUAAGGCCACUGGAUUGAGGGCAGCUAUCGUGGUUUCUAUUGUAUGUGUGAGCUUGAAUGAAAGAAUGUUUUUAAAAGAUGAAUUUGGGGUGGAUUGAUACUAUAAUGGAAGGUAUAACUUGGGAUCCUGGGCUGUAACUUGCUCUUUUGUUUCCCACCCCCUGACAUGUAUGUGUGCUUCAAUAAAGCUUUCUCACUUGUCAAA